AUUCCCCUGCCUUAUUGGUCUCUGAAAUGAGCCCGACCACACCUAACCUACCUCCAUCAAAGACCACUCCCACUCAGACCCCUACUCCCACUUCUGGUGUGGGUCCUCCUUGCUCCUCUCGCUCCAGGACCCCCCUCUCAUUGGCUCAGCAGAAAUACAAGAAGGGCGACGUGGUGUGCACCCCCAACGGGAUCCGAAAGUUCAACGGGAAGCAGUGGAGGAGGCUGUGCUCCAGGGAGGGAUGCAUGAAGGAGUCCCAGCGCCGGGGCUACUGCUCCAGACACCUGUCCAUGAGGACCAAAGAGAUGGAGGGAGGAGGGGGGGGAGGCAGCAGCUCAGGGACAGUCACCCCUGACCUGCGGGGGAGAGCCAGCAGUGAGUUUGAGUGGGAUGACACCUCAAGAGAGAGCAGCGAGGCAGGUAGCAGGGGAGACUCCAGACCCCACUUAGUGCUCCCGUCCAUCCUCCCCCAUGACCUCUCCUCCCGCUUUGACUUCGAUGAGUGUGAGGCCGCCACCAUGUUAGUGUCUUUAGGGAGCUCUCGAUCUGGCACCCCCUCUUUUUCUCCCAUCUCCAACCAGUCGCCCUUCUCACCCGCCCCUUCUCCCUCUCCCUCCCCGCUGUUUGGCUUCAGGCCGGCCAACUUCUCCCCGAUUACCGCCUCCCCCAUCCUGCAGCACCGGAGGCACAGGCAGCCCAGCGGGACAGGGGGAGGAGGAGCAGGGGGGAGUAAGGUAUCAGCUGGAGGAGGAGAAAGGGAGAGACACACUUCAGGCAUCCAGCCCUCCUUCCACAGCAACCUGAUGUUUACGGUCCCAAUGAGCCCCAGCAAACGAAAGCCCGACGCGCCUCUUCCUCCUCCCCUCCCCUCACACCACCAUGAUUACACACCCAAGACGGAGCAGGAGUCGGGGGACCUCAACAGCUCCUUCAGGGUGCUGUCGCCUCACACACAGGCUUCCCGCACACACACACCCACCUUCUCCCGACCCAGAGGAGUGACGACCCCCUCCAGCAGGCCACCGUCCUCCACUAAUGUCUCCCCUCCUCCUCUGCUGGUGUCCCCGACCCCUCCUUCUCCCCUCACUCCAGACGGAGGGCCCCGUCGUGUGGUCCCUGUAUCCCAACAGGCCUUACGUGACUCCCCUGUCAUUGUGAGAAAUCCCGAAGUCCCACUGGCCACAUUUACAGAGUGUCCCCUAGGAAGAGGAGGUGGAAACGAGGGAGGGGGAGAUAAAAGUUCAUCUAAAGACCUCACACCCCUCGCCCCUCAGUCAAUUCAGGGCCUCCAGGUUCCUGUCCCCAUUAACGCUGCUGCAGCCACAGUACCUAAUGGCACAAUUCUGCUGCGGAGCGCGUCCCAAACUCUGGUGCUCGCGUCCCCGACCCCCUCUUCACUGCCCACAGCUGACCCCCCCGCCGCCCCCCUGCUGGCCCUGUCAGUUCCCAGCAGCACAACAGUCACAGCUCCCGCUCCCAGCAGCACGGACUCCUCUGCGGACGAGAACAGGGGGACCGGGUUUGGGGGUGAGGUCCAACAGCCGGUCCCCUGUCACCCCUCUCCCACCGCUCUGCUGCCCCUGAUCCUUCCUGCCGAAAACCUUCACCCCGCCCCACGGAAGGACAUCAUCAUGGGACGUCCCGGCACAGUCUGGACCAACGUAGAGCCCCGGUCAGUUCCAGUCUUCCCCUGGCAUUCAUUGGUCCCCUUCCUGGCACCCACCCAAUCAGAUGCUUCUUCUCUGCCAGGAGAGGGCCAUCACCCUGUCAACCACCCCCAAGCAGCCAGUCUGAAGACAGACUGUCAGGGGGUGGCAGCACAGUCACAAGAGCCUGCAGAGGCACCUCCCAUGGUAGAGAGAGGUCCUCCAUCCCGGCCUACCCCCUCUUCUGAUGAGCCGCCUCCAGAGAAGGAGAAAGGCGAUGCGGAGAGGGAGAGGCCAGACAGCGAAACAGAGAGUGACGUGGAUGACCCCUUUCUCCCAGGCGUUGUACCAGAGCCUCCCCUCGCUAUAUCACCCGUGAAGAGACGCACUCAGUCCCUCAGUGCGCUGCCCAAAGAUGGAGAUAAGAGCAGCCCUGGAAAGAGGGAGAAGGACCACAUCCGGCGACCAAUGAAUGCAUUUAUGAUUUUCAGUAAGCGCCAUCGAGCAUUGGUGCACCAGCGGCACCCGAACCAGGACAACAGGACAGUCAGCAAGAUCCUUGGGGAGUGGUGGUAUGCCCUGGGACCCAAAGAGAAACAAAAGUAUCAUGAUUUAGCUUUCCAGGUGAAAGAGGCCCACUUUAAGGCCCACCCGGACUGGAAGUGGUGGAACAAAGACAGGAAGAAGUCCAGCUCUGAUGGCCGUGGGGUCCCGGGGGGGAAAGACAUCAGAGAGAGGAGCAUGUCUGAGUCUACAGAGCCCCAUUCUGUGGAGAUGAAGGGGGUUGGGCCUAGUCUGGUGGGCGUGUGUGAAAGAAGCGCAGCAGAAGGUCAUGUGGGCCAGCUCACCCGACCCCGGGCCUUCUCUCAAAGCGCCGUGCACAGCCUGGAGCGCAGUGACAGGGGGAACACACAGGCUCUGGCAGAACUGGCACAGAUGUGUGGGGAUGGUGGCAGUCAGUAUCCGAGUCAUGCCCCGUCCCUGUCUCGGUCCCAGCGGGGAGUCAGCGAGGAUAUGACCAGUGAUGAGGAGCGCAUGGUAAUCUGUGAGGAAGAGGGAGAUGACGAUGUCAUUGAGGACCCUUAUCCUAGCAGCUCCAUAGACCUCAAGUGUAAGGAGCGGGUGACUGACAGCGAUAGUGAGAACGGUUCUGGAGAUGAAAGUGAUCGCAAGAGGGUUUUCGCUCCAGUCAUUUGCUCCUCGUCUUCCUCGCAUCAUACCCCGCAUGGCAGGAGUGUCUCACUGUCCUCUUACCCCAGCAGCAAGCGUUAUGAGGAGGGGCGAUCAGGAGGGGGAGGGUUUUCAGAUCACAGGAGGAAGGACAGAGGAGGAGGAGGAGAGGGUAAGGACACAUUUGGGGGAGAAGGAGGAGGAGGAGGAGGAGGAGUGCAAGCCACAUCUCUCUCCCUCACUUCUGGCCAAUCAGUCAUCACCACUUCUUCAGCUGGAGGGCAUCAUCCCUCCACGGUAGGAUCACUGAGCGGGACCUUUCUCCCGGGCAUGGGCGCUGUGAGGGUGGCGUCCACGGUGGUGACCAAUGUGAUGCGUCCUGUCAUCAGCACACCGCUGCCCAUCGCCAGCAAAUCCAGAGACGGAGGCACAUCGUCCAGCCCUCAUCCGCCAGAGAGGAAGUCCCUGACUCCCCAACAGCAGCCGCACUUUCUGAUUGGAUCAGGAGGCGGUUUGCCAGCCACAGGGGGUGGGUACUACUCUUCAUCAUCACCUCAUCCUUUAGGUGCAGGCCAUGGUGGUGUCGUGACUAAUUUGGUGUUAGGAGGGGCUCUGUCUGCUCAGCCUGCUGUACAGCUCCUCACCCCCUCCCACCACCAGCAGCAAGCCUUCCCCUCCUCCGCUGUGUCUCAUAGCCAAACCAACGGGCCCCUGCCUCUCUCCCUGCUUCAUCCCCAGUUCCUUCCCGCCUCUUCCCUAGCCUCACACGGGGGUAAGGCCAUCACACAAGUCCAGUACAUCCUGCCCACCCUACCUGCCAACACCCACCCCAAGAGUCCUCCUCAGCAUCUCAGCCAGCCAACCAGUAUCUUCAACCUGCCCACAGCUCCACCCACACACAUGUCUCUGGCCAAUGGGAAGCAGCAGGGGUCCGGAUACACGUCCAGCUCUGCAGUGGGAGUGGUCAGCCCGGGGUCUAGAGUGCAAACACAAUCUCCAGUGCUCCAGGGCAAAAUGUUUGUUCCCAUGGCAACAGUACGGACAGCGCCAGCCUCUGCCCAGCAGUUUCCCAUCGUGGCUCCACCCCUUCCUGUCCAGAACGGCGCUCAGACGGGAAGCAAGAUCAUCCAGAUAGCUCCCAUGCCAGUGGUCCAGUCCCAGUUGCCUCAGGGCGGAGCGGUCCAUCCUGCCAGCCCCUUCUCUGUCUCAGUGGGCACGGCUGCUCCAGGAUCAGCCCCCUCCCAGACUUUACUCCUGCCACCAGCUCCUACCAGGAUCACUUAUGUCCAGUCCACUCCAGGGGUCUCAUCCACUCUGGUCUCCACGACAACAGGCUCCUCCAUCACCCAUCAAGCGCUGCCGGUGUCUGGAUCUGCCUAUGUGCCAUCGCCCCUGGCAACACUGGGGUUCACCGCCAUCGCACCUCCUGGACAGACCCUGGUGCAGCCGCUGAUCUCAGGUCAGCCUCCGCUCCUGGCCCCCUCUCAGUCUCCUCAGCCCUGCACCUCGGCCCCUGUCUCGGGCUCCGGGGCCCAGAUAGUCACCGCCAUCUACCCUCCUCCUUCCCCAAACGUCACCAUGGCAACAGGGAUGGUCUCCAUGACAGCCGUGCCCUCCAGCAUGGUCUACUCGGUCUCCAGUGCUUCCCCUCACAUCCUGUCCAAACACACAGCAUCCCCCGGCACUGUCACGCACACACACCAACAUCCAGACAGACACCUGCCUGCAGACAGACCUGCAGACAGACCUGCAGACAGACAGGCAGACAGACAGGCAGACAGACAGGCAGACAGACAGGCAGACAGACAGGCAGACAGACAGGCAGACAGACAGGCAGACAGACAGGCAGACAGACAGGCAGACAGACAGGCUGACAGACAGGCUGACAGACACUCAGAGAUGCUGAUGCAUUCAGACAGACAUGCGGAGAGGCAGACCUCCAGCAGCUCAGCGGCCCCCCCCAGUGGCUCAGCUGUGAGAUCCUGCAGUCCUCCUCUUCAGAGCCAAACACCGGGCAGUGCACCGGGAACACCCAAACUAAUACAGCUCUCUGUCAGGACCCCUCAGAAGGUGAAGGCGACGGUGGCGAACAUCCCCGUGGGCAGCUACGAGGGAGGGGGCCGGGGGAAGGAGAGAGAGAGGGAGAAAGACAGGGAGAGGGGGAGAGAGAGGGAGCGGGAGAAAGAGAGGGAGAGAGAAGCUGCUGCUGCCGCCUCUAGUCGCUUCUCGUUUGACGCUGAGCUGCCGGGGCAGACGGCGUCUCCAUCGACACAUCCUGCGGAGGAGCCCCCCGCCUCAGAAAGACCCCAGGAGGGGGCUGCAGACCCCCCCGACACACGGCACAGAGAGAGCACAAACAAAGAGGGUGGAUGGAAGGAGUCUCUCCCCUCCUCACCUGCGCCUCCUCCCGCCUCUGAACCCCCUCCGCCCCCCCCACCCACUGAGAAAGAGAGUCCGACACCCAAGAAAGUCAAAAUGCGCCCUCCACCCCUCAAGAAGACCUUUGACUCUGUGGACAAGUCUGGCAGGGUGCUGUCGGAGGUUUACUUCGAGGAGCGCUUUGCGGAGCUGCCGGAGUUUCGUCCUGAGGAGGUGUUACCCUCCCCCACCCUGCAGAGCCUCGCCACCUCGCCCCGCGCCAUCCUGGGCAGCUACCGGCGCAAGAGGAAGAACUCCACAGACCUGGACUCAGCCACUGAUGAGCAAGUCUCUCCGAAGAGAAAGAGCCGGCGGCGCUCGAGCUGCAGCUCCGAGCCGAACACGCCCAAAAGCGCCGCCAAGUGUGAAGGAGACAUCUUCACCUUCGACAGAGCAGCCACAGACGGAGAAGACAUCCUGACAGACAUGGAGUUUGACAAGGUGCCGUACUCGUCCCUGAGGAGAACUCUGGACCAGAGGAGAGCGCUGGUGAUGCAGCUGUUCCAGGAGCAGGGCUUCUUCCCAUCAGCUCAGGCCACCGCAGCCUUCCAGACUCGAUACUCGGACAUUUUCCCCACCAAGGUGUGUCUGCAGCUGAAGAUCCGGGAGGUGCGGCAGAAGAUCAUGCAGACGGCCGCGCCCUCCGACGUCUCCGCGUUAGGGAUCCCCGACUCUCUGUGCUCCAUGCCCGGCCCCUCGGGCUCCCAGGCAGGGGAGGGCUCUCUGCGGGGGGGCGGGGACCUGCAGGACGACGACAUGGAGGGGGGGGCGGAGGGGAGCCCUGAGGACCCUCGGGAUUCACACGACUUUUCAAGAUGAGGGAUUGCUGACAGAUUAGACCAAUCAGUGACCGCUGACGUCACACAUUCCCCCCCCCCCACAUGCUUUUUAUAAUUUUUUAUUCUUUUAAAUCCCACCCUCCUCUGGUCUGAUCAUUAUUCCUUUCUCUGAGAUGUUUGUAUGCAAUGUUCAGCCUUUUGUUUUUGGGUAAUGUGUCCUAUACCAAAAGAGGGAACUGGCACAAAAGCACGCACACACACACACACACGCACACACACACGCACACACACACGCACGCACGCACGCACGCACACACACACGCACACGCAUCCUACAAACUCUUAAUUCCCACACUUGACUCAGCACUCUGUAUUAACCACCUUUUGAGAACGUUGCCAGUGAACGAAGGACCGUUGUGAGACCCUCUUACCCCCGCUCUGAAACGGUUAAAAGUCAGCAGUUUUAAAACACGGACAUUAUGUUUUGAUAUUUGUUUUUAAAAAAGAGCAGUGAGUAUCUGCUUGAGGAACAACGUGUGUGUUAGAUGAACUGUUAGCGUGUGUGUUUUGGUUCCUGCUGACAUCAGGGGGCUGGGCCCUCAACAGCCGGAAACUAUUUGAUUGAGAAACAUCACCGCGGACCUGGAGAGAGAUCUCCUUUUUAUUGCAGACCUUCAGGGGAGGUCGAACCGGAGGGACUGAAACAAAUUGACUGAAACUCAUGUGCCAUCAUUCCUGCAAUUUCCUGUGUGUCCGAGUCCUCCCUUCUUGCGGCAGCACGUGGCACCGGGCGGAGCAUCCUGUGCCUCUCUGAAGGAAGGAGGUGGGAGUCAACGGCACAUCCUGGCUCUGAGUCCUAAAGGUCUGACACGGCCUUAAUCCUCUAUUGCCAAGCAGUUUUAUUCACUUUUUUAAAAUAAUUUGUAUUUAACAUUGUCAUAUUCAGUUUGCUGUUGUACUAUCCCUAUGGUUAUUAUUAUUAUUAUUACUCUUUAUAUCAUUGCAGUGACCCGGUCCUUGGUUCUGACGUUUCCUUUAUAAGAUUUCUUGUAUUUGUUUUUAUAAUUUUGGAGGCAGGUGAGAGAAGCUGCUGCACACUUCCUCCUCCGUAGUCUUCCCUUCGCCGGCCUCUCGCCUCAGCAACCAGUUUCUUUUUUAAAUGUGCAUUUCAAAGAGGAAUAACGUUUUUUAAAAAUUCUUUCAAACAUAAUAACGGUAUGUUUUUAGCCUCUCUAAGUUUGAUCUAUAGCCUCAAGACUUGUACAUCUCCUUCCUCCAGCCCUUUCCUUCCCUCCUUCCUCCUUUUGUCACUUUAUUGCUCUCUCCAGACCUUUUUAAGACGGGCGGAGAGGAAACUGGAGGAAGAGAGGGAGGGUGAUGAAUCAAAGAGAGCGGUGGGAUCUACUGGUUGUGUCUUUGUACAAGACUUGGUGUGUUGUAAAUAAUUACUGUAGAGUCAGUAGACUCGUUAUAUUAUUGAUAAGGAAAAAUCUGUCAUUGACUUUUAAGAAACGCAUUACCCAAGGUGAAACACAUGAAAUGGAAAAAAAAACAAAUAAUAAAUAUGGCUAUUAAUGUUUUUGUGUUCUACUCGUUGUUUUGCAGUUCCAGUAUACAGGAGAGGAAUUUAUAUGAAUAAUUUAAGUUUGUAUCUGUAUCUUUCAGUAUGCAAAUAAAAAUAGGUGUUCAAUGAAA